AAGUAAAAACAAGGAGAGGGAAAAACCAAUAGGGAAUCCCAAUUCUCAGAGACCCUUUAACUUCUCCAGUGGAACGCUAAACAAAGCUUGGCUCUAAAUUUCUUCUCUCCCAAUCUUUUCCAUUUCCGAUUUCUUUCUUUCUCCGACUGGAUCUCCGGGGUUAGGGUUCGCUUUCGAAGCUCAAAGACUGAAAAUUGAGGAGUCAAAUUUGUUUAUUUACGCAGAAAAACCUUUGAAGUUGUCACUGUCGAGCUCAGAUCGCCAUGCCUCCCGUUGGUCCCCGAUCCGGUGAUGCAAUCUUCGCUAACGUCGAACGCGUGAAUGCGGAGCUGUUUACUUUGACCUAUGGUGCCAUUGUGCGCCAGCUGCUCACUGAUCUUGAGGAGGUUGAAGAGGUCAACAAGCAGCUUGAUCAAAUGGGCUAUAAUAUUGGGAUUCGUCUAAUCGAUGAGUUUCUAGCAAAAUCUAAUGUUUCUAGAUGCGUCGACUUCAAAGAGACAGCUGAAGUAAUUGCAAAGAUUGGCUUCAAAAUGUUCUUGGGGGUCACAGCAUCUGUUACAAAUUGGGAUGCUGAUGGAACAUGCUGCAGUAUUGUUCUGGAGGACAAUCCUCUGGUUGAUUUUGUUGAGCUUCCAGAUACUUGUCAAGGACUGUACUACUGUAACAUCUUAAGUGGAGUCGUAAGAGGUGCCUUAGAAAUGGUAUCAAUGAAAACUGAAAUCACCUGGAUCCGGGAUAUGCUUAGAGGUGAUGAUGCAUUCGAGUUGCAAGUUAAACUCCUGAAGCAAGUUCCGGAGGAGUACCCGUACAAAGAUGAUGAGUAAUAUGUUUGCUAUAUGUACACAGUUAUGAUAUUUGGUCCUCUUCUUUCCCUGAAAAUCAAAUGUUACAGUUGUUUCCUCUUUUUCGUACACAUCCAUGUAGAACAUUAAAUAGAUAACUUCGCGUUGUUAGUCACUACAACUUUUAUGCUUUAUUGAUUCUGAGCCUUUCUUUGUUGUCUA